UUAAUUCCAAAAAGUAGGGGCAAUUGGGGAAUUGUAUCAGUCCAAUGGAGUUCUUUCGCGGAAGACCUAGCCUGGUAGAGAAUCACACCAGAGAGUCUCAACGAGCGAUCUAAACUACUGAUGCUUCAUGAAUCAUUUUCCCUUCUUCCAAGUUAACAAUUCCUGCUUAUUCCUACUUUAAUUAUGUCUAGGAAAUCAAAUUCAGGCUUUCUAUUUCUAUAUUACGCGACGAUUCUCACGGUGAUUCUGCUCGUGACUCGGUCCAACUCAGCACCUCAGGCCUUUCGGAGAGACCCAGGGCAUCCUCAGUGGCAUCACGGCGCAUUUCACGAUGUCAGAGACAGCGUUCGUUCAGAUGUCCGCCGGAUGCUCCACACUCGCGCGGAGGUUCCGUUCCAGGUACCACUGGAGGUGAAUGUGGUGCUCAUUGGAUUUAAUGGAGAUGGAGGCUAUAGGUUCACCUUAGAUACGCACAAGUUGGAAGAAUUUCUGAGAACUAGUUUUCCAUCUCACAGACCUUCAUGCCUAGAGACCGGCGAGCCUCUCGAUAUUGAACAUCAUGUUGUUUAUAACGCAUUUCCUGCUGGGCAACCGGAACUGAUUGCACUCGAGAAGGCGCUGAAGGAGGCUAUGGUUCCUGCUGGGACUGCGAGAGAGACUGAUUUUGGAAGGGAGGUGCCGCUGUUUGAGGUGGAGGCAACAGUUGUGGAGCCUGUGUUUCACAAGUUGUAUUCUUACAUAUUUGACAUGGAGAAUAUGAGGCAUACUGCUGCGGAGAAUGAUAGGCCUGUUCCCAAUGCAAUUUUUAUUGUCAAUUUUGAUAAGGUAAGAAUGGACCCCAGAAACAAGGAAAUUAAUCUUGAUAGCUUAAUGUAUGGGAAAAUCACCACGUUGACCAAUGAGGACAUUAGUAAACAAGAGGGAAACUACGUUUACCGAUAUCGAUAUAAUGGAGGAGGAGCUACUCAAGUUUGGCUGAGUUCAGACAGAUUUGUUGUGAUCGACCUGUCAGCAGGACCUUGCACUUAUGGAAAGAUUGAAACUGAAGAGGGAAGUGUCAGUUCUAGAACAUUGCCACGGAUACGGAACAUAAUGUUUCCAAUAGGUGUAAAUGCUAUUAGUGAUCAUGUGUCCCAUGAUAUCUUUGUUGGGCAACUUGCUGCUUUGAUAGCAACCACAGUUGAGCAUGUUAUAGCUCCAGAUGUUAGGUUUGAGACUGUUGACCUGGCAACAAGGUUGCUAAUACCUAUCAUUGUGCUUCAAAACCAUAAUAGAUAUAAUGUUAUGGAGAAGGGUCAUAAUUACAGCAUAAACAUUGAAGAAAUUGAAUCAGAGGUGAAGAGGAUGGUUCAUGAUGGACAAGAAGUUGUGAUUGUAGGUGGUUCACAUGCAUUACAUCGUCAUGAGAAGUUGGCUAUUGCUGUUUCAAAAGCAAUGCGAGGUCAUUCUUUGCAAGAAACUAAAAAGGAUGGGCGAUUCCAUGUGCAUACCAAGACUUAUCUUGAUGGCGCUAUACUUAAGGAGGAGAUGGAACGUUCUGCCGAUGUGCUUGCUGCAGGUUUAGUUGAGUUGGCUGACCCAUCUCUUUCAAGUAAAUUUUUUCUCCGCCAGAAUUGGAUGGAUGAAUCUGAUGGUUCAGAUGACUCCAUUCUGAAGCAUAAACCUCUAUGGGCUAGUUAUGAUUCAAGACAUGGCAAGGAGAAGAAGAAGAAGAAGAAUAAGAAACAGAAUGAACAGAAGAAACAAGGGGAUCUACACCGCACUUAUGGAACAAGAAUUAUCCCAGUCUUUGUGCUAUCGUUGGCUGAUGUGGACCCACACCUUAUGAUGGAAGACGAAAGCCUUGUUUGGACAAGCAAUGAUGUUGUCAUUGUACUUCAGCAUCAACAUGAAAAGAUUCCUUUGAGUUAUGUAUCAGAAACAGAAAGAAGGCAUGCCCUUCCAUCUCUAGCACAGCGGCACAUAUUGGCGGGGCUCGCUUCUGCUGUUGGUGGGGUGAGUGCACCAUAUGAGAAGGCAUCUCAUGUACAUGAAAGGCCAAUUGUAAAUUGGCUCUGGGCAGCUGGUUGUCAUCCAUUUGGGCCAUUCUCUAAUACUUUGAAAAUCAGUAAAUUGCUGAAGGAUGUUGCCUUGAGGAACACAAUAUAUGCACGUGUGGAUUCUGCUCUUCGUAGAAUUCGUGAUACUUCAGAGGCUGUGCAAGCAUUUGCUGCAGAAUAUCUGAAAACCCCUCUUGGCGAGCCUGUGAAAGGCAAGAAAAACAAAACGACCACUGAACUGUGGUUAGAGAAAUUCUACAAGAAAACAACCAACUUGCCUGAACCUUUUCCGCAUGAAUUAGUUGACAGGUUGGAGAAAUACCUUGAUGGGCUUGAGGAACAGCUUGUAGAUUUGUCUUCUUUGUUAUAUGAUCACCAGUUACAAGAUGCACAUUUGAAUAGUUCAGAAAUUCUUCAGAGCUCUAUGUUUACACAGCAGUAUGUGGAUCAUGUUUUGGCAAGUGAGAGAGAGAAAAUGAAGUGCUGUGAAAUUGAGUACAAAUAUCCGGUCCACUCUUCACAAACUUAUAUCUAUGGUGGGAUUCUUCUUGCUGGGUUUUUUGUAUAUUUUGUCGUUAUUUUCUUUUCCAAUCCUGUCCGUUGAUGAUGCCGACAGGCAGCUUAGUUAAUUUUUCUUAAGGCGUAGUUCUCUUUGUUCAGGGUAGGAAAAGUGCCUAUACCAGAAAAGGAAAUUUCGACUUUCUUUUGUAGUUUUUAGUAUCACAACAAAGAUUAAAGAUUUUAUCAGAAACCAUAUUUUCUCUCUU